AUGGAAGGGAAGAAGUUCCUGAGCUAUCCAGAGCCGAAGCGAGGGCCAGACGUCGCAUAUCGCAAUGAGAGGAAACAGAAUCCCACCAUGAGCGGGCUCGUCCUGCUCGUUGCUACUUUCGUGUUCGAAUACGUGGGCAUGAUACGGAAACUCAUCUGGAAAAACGCCGGAUUCGCAAGUCUACGAAAGAUACGUAAACAGCUAGAAGACUAUGAGCCUCGAGUCGAUCCAACAGUCGUACCAACCUCGACACUCGCGGAGCAGCCUGCAGAGUCGUCAGAGCCAGAGCUGGUGUCCACUGCCAUCGAACCGGCGGCGAAAUACUAUUCUGUCCAGGAUUAUCAUAACCUCUACCUCUCCGGUGAAUUGACGCCUACCGCAGUGGCUAGGGCGAUAUUACCGCUGAUACGCCGCGACACUACACCUCCAGGCGAGCAUUCGACGGCCUGGUUCGAGACACGGGUGGACCUGGUUCUUGCGGCUGCUGCGGCGUCUACGUCGCGGUAUAAGAAGGGGUGUCCGCUGGGAUUGUUGGAUGGUAUCCCUACGGCCGUGAAGGAUGAAUAUGAUAUGGAUGGAUACAAGACUUGUUUGGGCUCGUUGAACGAUUACAGUAAUGAGCCUGCGCCGCAGGGGGGGACCAUUGCUAGCUGGUGUGUGAGGAAGCUGGAGGAAGCUGGAGCAGUUGUCCUAGGGAAGCUAUCCAUGCAUGAAUUUGGUCUUGAUACGUCGGGGAAUAAUCCGAACUACGGAACGCCGCUGAACCCGUAUAACCCCAAAUACUACACCGGAGGUAGCUCCUCUGGCUCAGCAUACGCGGUCAGCGCUGGUUUGAUUCCAUUCGCACUGGGUAGCGAUGGCGGCGGUAGUAUCCGUAUACCGUCCUCCUUCUGUUCAGUCUACGGUCUCAAACCCUCGCAUAAUCGAAUCUCCCAUCAUCCAGGCCCAAACCACUCGAAUACCUGUGCAGUCAACGGUCCAAUAGCCGCAGAUCUACAGUCCCUCUCUGCCCUCUACCGCGUCAUCGGCUGUCCUCCUUCGUCUUCACCUUUCCUGCCCGUCCACCCCAGACUCGCACCUUUGUCUGCAGAGAAGAAAUACCUAGGUGUUCCCGAGGGGUGGUUCUCCCAAGCAACUCCCGCAAUCCAGAAACUCUGCCGCUCAGCCAUUUCCAACAUCGUCGACAAAUACAACUACACCGUCGUACCCAUCGAGAUCCCCUUCCUGAUCGAAGGCCAAAUCGCACACGCACUCACCAUCCUCACCGACGCAGCAACCUUGCUCCCCGACACGACAAAUCUGACUUUCCCUAACAAGCUCCUCCUCGGCCUAGGCACCGUAACCCCAGCUACAGACUACCUGCUUGCCCAGAAACUUCGUCGUCUCCUAAUGCAGCAUCUCGCUUGGCUAUGGAAAGAAUACCCAGGCAUGAUCAUCGUCACGCCCACCACCGGCUGCGCAGGCUGGCCUAUCCGACACCAGAAGGAGUUGAAAUACGGCAUUAGCGAUGGAGACCAAACGCUCAAGACGAUGGAUUACAUCUGGCUUGCUAACUUUACGGGUCUGCCGGCUAUCAAUGUGCCGGCUGGAUUCGUUGUUCCGGAGGGUGCCAAGGACGAAGGGGAGAUAGCGCAAGAAGACACCGAGGGGAAAAUUCCUAUCGGAUUGAUGGGGACGGGAGAGUGGGGGAGUGAAGAUUAUCUCAUGCAUUUUGGACUGGAUGUUGAAAAUGUAGUGGCAGAUCGAAGGUCGAAACCGCCUGUUUGGGUGGAUGUGGUUGCAAAAGCGAAGGAGGAGAUGGACCAGUUGCAACACGUCGACUCUAGACAAGUACCUGCCCUACCGCUGAGUACUGGUAGAAAUACGCUAUCAACCAGUCUCCCACACCUCGAUAAAGCCCUGAUACCCCCAGCAAAACAAAGUGCAAAUGCAGCCGCGAACACAGCCGAAUCUGCACCCGCUGCUUCACAGUUCGUGCUUCAGGGAUGGAGCCAGCUAGCUCCCAAUGCCGGUGCCGUCACCGAUAGCGGCAAUGGCAAUAGCAAUGGCAAUGGCAAUGUUUCCGAUGAAAAGCCUCCCUCGAUGCCAGGUAUUCAGCGAGGUGAAGUUACUGAGAUAUCUGGGCCGAGAGGGACGGGGAAGACUUCUUUAGCCAUGACUACUGCGGUCAACGCACUCGAGCGAGGAGAAUCAGUUGUCUGGAUAGAUACCGCGGGCCCAUUAUGCGCAACCCGACUUGAGAAGAUGCUGUCGACGAACAACACACCAACCCAGCGAAACGACCUAUUACGCAACUUACUACAUCUACAACCAACAACUCUAGCGCAUCUGAUGACGCUCAUAUCAUUUCCUGUCCCUGGCUUCCCACCAGCUAACACAGGGUUAAUAGUCGUAGACUCCAUAUCAUGUCUCUUCGGAUCAGAAUUCCGGAGCAAGCUACCUAUCAAGUUAAGCAAAGCCGCCGACUUGAGCCGUGCAGAAAAGGCAAAGGAUGGCCAAGAGUCAAAACUAUGGUGGAAAUUAAUAGGCAAUCUAGCCUCUAAUCUGAACGGGCUUGCUUCCCGUUUCGACUGUGCUGUUAUUGUCGUUAAUGAGGUGGUUACGCGCUUUCGACCGGGCAGGAAACCGAUGUUGCACGCUUCUAUAUCGGGCUAUACGUGGGAAACUAAUGUAGCUACGCGGAUACUCUUGUAUUGGCAUUGGCUGGGCCCUGAGGUGAGGGAGAAGGUCCGGAUGAAGCGGAUUAGGAUCGCGGAGGUUUUCAAGGCUGGGAUGAUGUCCAUUAUACCUAGGGUGGUGACGAGGAUCGUCCCGUUUCUCGUUCAUGAUGCGGGUCUUUCUGAAUUUACGCAACUAUCUAUACGCCUCGGUGUAACUGCCGGUAUGGAUAUGGCACCCCAGCCGAUGAAGCGGAAAUUAGAUCAUCAGCUCUCAUCGGAGAUCCCUCGCAGGCCAAAGAUUGAACAUGACAAUGGGAAUGACAAUGACGAUGGGGAGCAUGAGACUGAGAAUGAGGAUAAAAGCGCGAGUGGAAAACCUGCCGAGCCAGUGCUAGCCACAGCGUGCCUUCCCACUGAAAUAAUGGAUAGCCAGGACGAAGAAGAGGAAGACGAAUGGCUAGAUACUUCCUUGGCUAUCGACAUCGCCAAGUCAGGACCUGAGCCCGGCCCGACGACUCCAGGGAAGGGCGAGGAUGACACCGAGCUCCUCCUGAGAAGUAUGGUGGAAGGAGAUGUAUAA